CUGGCUUUCUGGCAGGAACAGAUAGACAUGGCCUGACAGAUGACACAGUUGCUGCUUCUGGUUUUGGUGGCUACCGUGUGGGAUGCCCAGCCCGGGACUCCAGGGGCCAGGACAGACCUGCUCAACGUCUGCAUGGAUGCCAAGCAUCACAAGACAAAGCUAGGCCCCAAGGACAAGCUGCAUGACCAGGAGCUGCACCAGGACCCCUCCCUCCUGUAUAACUUUAACCUGGACCACUGUGGCAAGAUGGAGCCCGCCUGCAGGCGCCACUUCGUUCAGGACAACUGUCUGUAUGAGUGCUCACCCAAUCUGGGGCCCUGGAUCCAGGAGGUGAAGCAGAGCUGGCGCAAGGAACGCUUCCUGGAUGUGCCCUUAUGCAAAGAGGACUUUCAGCAAUGGUGGGAAGACUGCCGCACCUCCCACACCUGUAAGAACAACUGGCACAGGGGCUGGAACUGGAGCUCAGGAUUUAACAAGUGUCCGGCUGGAGCCACCUGCCGCACAUUUGAGUCCUACUUUCCCUCGCCCGCAGCCCUGUGUGAGGGCAUCUGGAGUCACUCCUACAAACUCAGCAACUACAGUCGAGGGAGCGGCCGCUGCAUCCAGAUGUGGUUUGACCCGGCCCAGGGCAACCCCAACGAGGAGGUGGCGAGGUUCUAUGCCUUGGCCAUGAGUGCUGGGACCCUGCCCCAUGGGGUGGAGCUUCUCCUGCUCAGCCUGGUCCUGAUGCUGCAACUCUGGCUCCUAGGCUGAGUCCCUCCCACUGCAGACAUCUGUACAUCUUCCUUGUCCGCACCCAGCCUGGGUGACCCAGCCUCAGCCCAGCUCAGCAUUCUCAGAUAAAGGGGCCUCCUAAUGCCCUAGUAAGUGGUUCUUGAUCCAAGACAGUUCAUAUGGGAUUCCUCUGACAGCCUAUUUUAAUAGACAGAACCAGGUGUAUCUUGUGUUUCAUAAAUAAUUGGGAGAUGACUUAAUUGGGGGUGACAGGCCUCAUUGCUUUAUCAUUCCUAUUGAAAGGCCCAAAGAGGGACUGGGACUGGUUUGAAGUUCACCAGUAAGUAGGGGGUGGAAACUGACCCCUAAGUCUGAGGCUCUUAUUCCUGCCUCAGGCUUCCCUCUCAUGCCAAGUUCAUCACUCCCACAUCACAAGGGAUGAGGGCAUUGGUGGAAAGAGACUGACAGACGAGUCAUUAGGCUCCUGGUGGAAAAUAAAAGUUUCUUGCCCCUUCCUUCCCACUGUAGAUGUAGACUAGGGUGGAGAUAUUGAUGGUGGUAGUGGGUGGGGAAUGCCAAUGAAGAGCAAGUGCAUUGCUUCCCUUUCUUAAAAGGACAAUUAGUGCUGCACUGAGUAAUCUGCGUGGCAAAAUGUCAUACUUGAAUUCCAGAAAACGGAUUGCUGAUUCAAGAAGCAUAUGCAUUCGGGUGCCUGGGUAGUUCAGUUGGUUAAGCAUCUGACUUGGCUUCAGGUCAUGAU